AGUUGAUCAUGUUGUUCCCAUGUUAAUUGAUAUGAGGCAUGAUUUCUUGCGAAAAUGGGAUCAUAUUAACUUAAUCCAUGAUGACACGAUUGAUGUUAUGGCUCUUCAUGAUCUUGUGGAUGGCCUGAGUGCAGUCCAUGGUCCUGAAAUUAUGCCAUCAACUGUAACAUCCUACCAUAUCGGACUAAGCUUGAAAAAUAAGAUUGAAAUCACUUCAGACUAUCGGGACAUCAAUGACUCUCAAGUAACCUUAUUUUCAUAUGAAAAUGUAAAGACGGACACAUUGGAUUUGAAAGCACAGGUUGUUGAUCAUAUCACUGAUGAGCAUAAAUAUUUUAUUGUAAUAGCUCACAGUAAACAUAUUAAAGAGAUAAUUAAACUGGCUCAUUCAAGAUCGCUGCUUGGAUCUCCUCGUAAAUGGAUAUUCAUUUUCAGUGAUAAUCAAGAGGAUCCAGCUUAUUGGUCUCAAUUGAGUCCAAUUUUGGCAACAACACAGACAGCGAUUGUAAUAAGGGAAGAGUCGGAAUAUGGACGAUGCAGUGAAAUGUCUGAAGGAUGUCAAUUCAGAUUAGCUGUUGAAACAUUGAAAUCUACUUUACGUAAAGUUGCACUAACGGCAGACUAUGAUUUUACUGAUGUAGACAUGAAGAGACGAACUCGAAAUAGAUUAUUGACUGAAAUGAGAUUACAGUUGGGUUCAGAUGAGUCGGUCUCUAGUCGUUAUUGCGGCAAUUGUGAUCGAUACUCAUUGCAAAUGUUUGAAAAGGCCAUCAUUGGAGAGUCAAUAAAGUAUAAACGCAAACCUUAUUCAACUUCUCAUUGGUCGCAAACACAGUUUGAUGAUGAUUUUGAAAGUGGAAUAAAAAUAACUCGAACUGGUGAAUGGACACCUUUUAAAGGAUUGAUCCAAUCUAGUGAUCCAAUACCAGUUGACAUUGUUAAUGGUGGAGGUCAAGUGUACAAAGUUGGAGUUGUUAACCAACGGCCUCUUGUCAAUGUUGAGUUAAUUGAUGGUAAAUGCGUCGUAAAUGGAACUACCAUUGAAUUGUUGACAAUCAUUUCUUCUAGAAUGAACUUUACCAUUGAAUAUGUUUGCUGGUCAGAUGCGAAAGAUGAUAAAAUUGGCGAUUCAAUUUCAGAUGAAGGUUGGGAUGGAUUAUUGGGAAAAUUAGCCGAAGGAAAGGUUGAUUUAGCAGCCAAUGGUAUCUGGCAAACACCUUCACGAAUCAAGUCAUCUGCAUUUGAAUUCUUGUCCGCCUAUGAUGUCGAUAUUGUUUCGUUGGUUGUCAAGAAGCAGCCUGAAGAUGAAAAAUUCCUCUUCAUAUGUCCUUUCACUCUUGGGACUUGGAUUUGCGUAAUUUUAACAAUGAUUGUUAUUGGUCCUGUUUUAUGGACAGUCCACCGUUCAUCAAUCUAUUAUGAUUAUUAUGGGCUUAAUGAUGGUAAAGGUUUUUUCAAGUUAUCCAAUUGCGUUUGGUAUUGUUAUGGAGCGAUGGUCCAACAAGGAGGUGACAUACUGCCUCAAGCAAUCUCUGGAAGAGUAUUGAUUGCCACUUGGUGGCUUUUUGUAAUUGUUACGGUGACAACUUAUUCUGGUAAUCUGGUUGCCUUGUUGACAUUUCCAAAGAUUAUUCAACCCAUCCAGAAUGCAGAAGAUCUUGCAAAUACCUGGGGAGUCUCAGCUGGAGCCGCAGCCUCUGGAGCACUUCAUGAAAUGAUUCAAAUCUUGGAAUACUCGGAGUUAUCUCUUCUUCGGGAUAAAAUGAGUUAUUAUGAUUUUGAAAAGGACAAGUAUAAGAUCUUUGAUGAAAUUUCCAGUGGUUCAUUGGGUUAUUUGAUGACGGAAUAUGAAGCUCGCUAUUGGGUUUCAACUGAAUACACGAGAACUGGCGUCUGUGGCAUGCAUGUAGCUAGAGACGCUGUUUAUCAUACUCCUAUUCACAUGGUAGCUAGAAAAGAUGCCUUUCCACCAUCACUGUUGAAAGAGUUGAAUCGACAAAUGACUUUGCUAACUCGAGCAGGUAUCGCGAUUUAUUGGAGGUUAUGGUAUCAAACACCAGGAAAUGACUGUAUGUAUCCAUUAAUUAUCCAUGCUGGGGAUGUGAAAAAGAUUGAUGUGGUUCACAUGAUUGGUAUCUAUUUGUUUCUUGCUUGUGGAAUCGGAAUUGGAUUUUUAAUAUUGAUUAGUGAAUUUAUCACUAAAUAUUAUAUUUCAUCUGAUGAUGACGGUCUAAAAAUGAAAACUGCUAAGAGACAGUUUUCGGGUUCAUCUGGAAUUCAAGAUGUGCUGAAAAGUAUUUAUACAAGAUAUAAUGCUAAUCCGUCAUACUCAAAAUGGGCAUCGAAUGUUGAUUACUACAACUCUGCAGAAGGCCGUUCAACAGGUGAAUCCAAAUUGGUUAAACUAUCAUUCAACCAUCCAACCAUUAAUCGUGAUACCAAAGAAAGCUUUGCUAGGUCAAAAUGGAUCCAAGGUGCGUCUGCUGUAAGAGCCAAGGCAUCACCAAAUCUCUAUUACGAUCAAUUUGGUCCGAUGUAUCUCAAUCAAAUCAGAGGAAUUUAUAAUGACCCAGACAAUUUUCAAUAUCCUUUUGGUGGACUCAGACCAAAAUAAGCAUUUGAACGAUUAAUUUAAGCACAAUUUAAACGAACAAAUUAAACCUUUUGUUGACAA